AUGAGCGACAACAAAACCUUAACAUUCGAAGUCGACCCAUUGAGUUGUUCAGGAUGCACAAAAUCGGUCGAAAAGGCACUAAAUAAUCUUGGGGGUAUGGAUGAAAUCAAAUUCGAUCUUGAAACUAAGAAUGUACAAGUCAAAACCACGAAAUCAUCUCUAGAAAUAAUUGAAGCCAUCGGAAAAACUGGGAAGACAGCUGUAUUGAAAUGA